AUGUUCGCUCUUCAGCGCAACGAGGACGGAAAUUCCCUAGACAAACGCUUCGUGGCCCCGCGCAGGACCAUCGACAAUGAAGUUCUGGACUCUGAGGAUCACAUGCCGAUAGCCCAUGCCGGCCCUCGUCACGUCGAAUACGAGCCUGCUGCUGCCAAGACGUCGGGCCCGGCCGCUGCUGAAGCAUCGGGCCGAGAGAGACGCGCCGUCCCGAAGCGCGCCGCCGAGAAGGAUCUUCCGAAGACUGUUAAGCGGAAGAAGACUGCCAGCCGUGGACCCAAUCCGAAGCCCUUGAUCGCCGGGGUGGCUCUGACGGCCACGCAAUCUCAGACGUGUAUCACGUCUGAGAUCCCGGCGGCUCCAUCUCCCCAUGCCGAGGCUGCGACCCAAGCCACCGGUGAGACCGAGAUUGCCGUGGACCCGACAUCCUCCGUCCGGGAUGUCGGCCCGAGCGUCGAUGCCUCGAACGUCGCUUCAGCCGGGACAUCCGCAACCGGGACCUUGGCUGCCGGGACUGCUCCUUCCUCGGCGGCAACCGAGACAUUGACGGAGCCGCAGGCCACGGAGACUGCACAGCAGCCGGCAAUGGGGCCCCAAGAACCCCAAGGACCACAGCCGACUCCGACGGCGCCAUCGUCACCACCGCAGCCGGAAGCUACUCAGCUUGCUGCAGCAAAAGCCAAAUAG